AUGUUUUGCAAAAAAUGGAUUAUUUUAUUUUUAAUCAUUUUGCUUUUUGGUGUUUUUCGGAAAAUAUGGCUAGGAAUGAAUGUUUUAAAUUAUGUCAAGAAUAAUUCUGAACAAGUCAAUAUUGAACGUUUGUUAUCACUUCCAAAUGUUAAAGCAACACUUACUUCAUUACCUAAUAAUCAGUCUACAUUAAUUAUGUUUUUGAAUAGACAUAUAAUUCAAAUGACAUUUAAUUGGUUAUGCAAUACUCAACAUAUGGAAGGCAAUUUUUAAAAAUAAUUUCUCCCUGGGAUUCUCCUUUGAGCUCUUCCAGCUCUCCGUCUUCCAACUCUUCCAUUAUUUCUCUAGUCAAUCCUCCCUUUAAAAUGAAUUUUCCAUAUCAAGAAAAUAAUCAUAGGAAAUUUAAUAUUCCUUGUU